AUGUCAGGCUACUACUACCAGGACGCCGCGGCCGCCGCGGCCGCCGCUCACCAUGGCCCCCGCCCGGUCGGCGCCCCGCCCUGGAUGCCGUCCUACGUCGCUGGUGGCACACCCGCGCCUGCCGCGGCCGCCCAGCCGCCCUCGCGAGAGGUCCCGGUCCAGGGGAGGGAGAAGAGCCCGGAGGAGAUGGCGAAAGAGCUACUGAACAAGCUGGACGACCACUCGAUGUGGAAGCUGGCCACGGAGCUGCUCAACCUCGGCCUGGCGAAGGUGGCGAAGAUGGAGGCCGUGGGGGACGACGCGGAGGGCAACGAUGGCGAGGACGGCAGGCCCCAGGCCGCGUCCAGCGCCCGCGCCGCCGGGCAGCCUUGGCCCACCCCGCCGCCCGGGCAUGGCGGCGCGCCGCCGCGCUAUUUCGCCGGCCCGCCCCCGCCGGGCGCCGCCGCCGGGAGCGUGGCGCCCCCGACGAUGCAGGCGCCCCCCGACGAGUGGGGCUCGAUACCACCAGAGUACCAGGCGCAGAUGCGGCACGCGAUGCAGCAGCAUGCGGCGUACAUCUCGCAGAUGCUCGGGGUCCCAGUGCCGCCGGGCGCCAGUCCCUGGGACUUCAUGCCGCAGCAGUGCAUGCCGCCGCCCCCCCCACCGGCCAUGGUCGCCAUGGGGUCGGCUGGCCACAUGCCCAGGCAGCAGCUGCCGGCACAGAUCCAGCUCGCGAAGCAGCUGCCCCCGAAGGCCAGGGAGCCCGAGCGCUGGGGCCAGCAGAGAGGGGACGCGAACGAUGAAGACAACGAGGGCGCGCAGGAGGGCAAGGGGCCCCCCAUCGACGAGGAGACCGCGACGACCUUGAUCCUCCGGAACCUGCAUCCGAACUUCACGCAGCAAAGCACACAGGCGUGGUUGGAAGAGAAGGGAUACAGGGGCAAGUACGACUUCGCGCUCUUCUUCCCGGCGCGGAAGACGUCCCGUCUCAGCGUCUUCCCGUACGCCUUCGUCAACUUCCUCACGCCGGAGAUCGCCCAGGAGUUCAAGGGUCAGUUCCACCUGUCCCGCUUUACCGGGGAGCCCUCCAGCGAGGUGACGGAGGACAACGGCAAGCAGGCACCGCCGCUGAGCAUCGCUGCGGCCCGCAGGCAGGGCUUCUCGGAGAACUACGUGCGCUUCUCACACCUGCUUGACGACAGCAAGAACACCCAGUGCAGGCCCUUCUUCGCGGACGAGUCGAUCGAGCGCCUCACGAAGGACGAGCAGGAGGCGGCGCAGAAGCAGGCCCAGGAUGCGGCCAACGCUGAGAACCUGGCCUCCGAGGUGCCCUGCACUACAUUCAUCGUGAGGAACCUGCCGUCAGAGCUUGUGGACCAGGAUGUCGCGCGGGAGUGGCUCAACUCAAAGGGCUUCGAGGGGGAGUACAACUUCUUCCUCUGGUUCCCCGGGAAGAAGCAGCGCAAGGCCUUCUUCGCCGGCGACUCCGCCGAGCAGCCCCAGGGACUUGGGUACUUCUUCGUCAACUUCAAGAGCGCCGAGGCGGGCCAGAAGUGCAGGGACGCCCUCGACGGCCAGCAGUCCGACGACCCGGGGGAGCGCCUCAACGUGGUCGCUGCGCGGAAGCAGGGCCUGGACGACCUGCUGCUGCACUUUGGGAACCUGGGCGAGAACGGCGGGCGCGUGGCCCCCUGGGUGUCGCACGACCCGGCCGACCUGUCGCCCUUCCGCUCGUACCAGUGA